CUCUCUUUCUCUCUCUGAUACUAACACAAAGUGUUGCCUGAUCACCACCACCAGCACCACCAUGGCCACGGUGGUCCUAACAGCGAUCUUGGUUGUCCUCUUGAGUCUGCUAAUUAAGGGUGCUUACGAGACCAUCACGUGUUACUGGUGGACGCCGAGGCGCAUCAAGAAAAUAAUGGAGAGGCAAGGCGUGCGUGGCCCGAGACCUCGCCCCCUGAUCGGCAACAUCCACGACACGGCCUCCCUCGUCGCCAAGUCCACCUCCGACGACAUGGACUCCAUCCGCCACGAUGUCGUUCCCCGCCUCUUGCCCCAUUACGUCCUCUGGUCCCAGCAAUACGGAAAACGGUUCAUAUACUGGAACGGGUCCGAGCCACGGAUGUGCCUGACCGAGACCGAGCUGAUCAAGGAACUCCUGUCCAAAUACAGCACUCUAUCCGGCAAGUCGUGGCUGCAACAGCAAGGGUCGAAGCAUUUCAUCGGGAAGGGACUCCUGAUGGCGAACGGUGACGAUUGGUACCACCAGCGCCACAUCGUCGCCCCCGCCUUCAUGGGAGACAAACUCAAGAGCUAUGCGGGGUACAUGGUGGAUUGCACUAACCAGAUGCUCCAAUCGCUGAGGAAGGCAGUGGACUCGGGCCAGAAGGAGUUUGAGAUCAGCGAGCACAUGGCCAGGCUCACGGCCGACAUCAUCUCCAGGACUGAGUUUGACAGUAGCUACGAGAAGGGCAAGCAAAUCUUCCACCUCCUCACCAUCCUCCAAAGCCUCUGUGCCCAAGCGAGCCGCCACCUGUGCCUUCCCGGCAGCCGAUUCUUUCCAAGUAAGUACAAUAGGGAGAUAAAGUCACUCAAGAUGGAGGUGGAGAGGCUGCUGAUGGAGAUAAUCCAGAGCCGGAGGGACUGCGUCGAGGUCGGGCGGAGCUCCUCAUACGGGAACGACCUGCUCGGGAUGCUGCUCAACGAGAUGCAGAAGAAGAAAUCAGGGAGCGGAUUCAGCUUGACUCUCCAGUUGAUCAUGGACGAGUGCAAGACCUUCUUCUUCGCCGGGCACGAAACCACCGCGCUGCUGCUGACGUGGACGGUCAUGCUCCUCGCCAGCAACCCAUCCUGGCAAGAGAGAGUGAGGGAGGAGGUCGCUCAGGUCUGCAAUGGUGCCGAUCCCUCAGUCGAACACCUCUCCAAGCUCACCCUGUUAAAUAUGGUGAUUAAUGAAUCACUAAGGCUCUAUCCGCCAGCCUCGGUGCUUCCCCGGAUGGCGUUUGAGGAUUUCAAGUUGGGCGACCUCCACAUCCCGAAGGGGCUCUCGAUCUGGAUUCCGGUCCUCGCCAUCCACCACAGCGAGGAGCUGUGGGGCAAGGAUGCGAACGAGUUCAACCCGGAGAGGUUCGCGUCGAAGGCUUUCGCCCCGGGCCGGUUCGUGCCCUUCGCGAUGGGCCCGCGGAACUGCGUCGGCCAGACCUUCGCCCUCAUGGAGGCCAAGAUCAUCCUGGCCAUGUUGAUAUCCCGGUUCAGCUUCACGAUCUCCGAGAGCUACCGCCACGCCCCCGUCGUCGUGCUCACCAUAAAACCCAAGUACGGGGUUCAAAUAUGCUUGACGCCCUUAAACCCGUAGAAACAUACAAGUUCUGAGGUUUCAAGAUGAAAAGUUUUGGUGGCACAAUUUACUACACCUUCUUACUUGUGCAAUAAGGAGAUGAAAGAUGAGAAUGAUGGUUGUAAAGAUGAAGAAACCAGAA